AUGGCUGCUUUUUCAGUUGUCUUUUUCACUAUCGUUAUACUGUUCAUUGGAUGCACUUCAGCUCAACUUUCCACUAAUUUUUAUGACAAGACUUGCCCCAAGGUGUUAUCCACCGUGAAAUCGGUGGUUCAAUCCGCCGUAGCAAAGGAGAAACGUAUGGGCGCUUCACUCCUCCGCCUCCACUUCCACGAUUGCUUUGUCCAAGGUUGUGAUGCAUCGGUUCUUCUUGACGACACUUCUUCCUUCACCGGGGAGCAAACUGCUGGGCCCAACAAAAACUCCCUUAGAGGAUUCAAUGUGGUCGACAACAUUAAAUCCAAGGUUGAGGCUGUAUGUCCAGGUGUCGUGUCGUGUGCUGAUAUCUUAGCCAUUGCCGCUCGUGAUUCUGUUGUUAUUCUCGGAGGACCUAGCUGGAAUGUGAAACUUGGAAGGAGGGAUUCAAAAUCAGCAAGCCUUUCAGCCGCAAAUAGUGGUGUACUACCAGCUCCAACAUCUGCUCUUAGCAGCCUCAUACAGACGUUCAAAGCACAAGGCCUCUCCACCAAGGACAUGGUUGUUUUAUCAGGAGCGCACACAAUCGGGCAAUCAAGGUGUACAAGCUUCAGGGAUCGCAUAUACAAUGAGAGCAACAUCGACGCUUCUUUUGCUCAAACAAGGCAAAGAAAGUGUCCAAGACCUGUGGGUUCUGGGGACAACAACUUGGCACCUCUCGACGUCCAAACCCAAGAUAAGUUUGACAAUAAUUACUACAAAAACCUAAUAAACAAGAAAGGACUUUUGCAUUCUGAUCAGAUUCUGUACAGUGGUGGAUCAACUGAUUCAUUGAUUGAAUCCUACAGCAAGAGCCCUAAUUCUUUCAACUCUGAUUUUGCUGCUGCAAUGAUAAGGAUGGGUGAUAUUAGUCCCCUCACGGGAUCAAGAGGCGAGAUAAGGAAAAAAUGUGGAAGGCCAAAUUGA